GUGACAGCGUCUACUGUCUUUAGCCAUCUUUAGCCCUCUGUCUCUAGCGUCUGCUUGCCAACUUGUUUCUGCAAAUAAUCUGUAAUGUCUGUAGGUGCGAUAAGUAGUUGAAUGUGGCCUGUCUCAAUGGAAUGUGGCCGUGCCAACACAAGUACAAAAAGCAAUGAAUGAAAUGAGAACUAUAGAGUACUGAAGCACAAGAUUAGCGGCGAUGCUUGCCAAAAUCGUGUACUUAGCGUUAACAUCAAGGCUGUUGGUUUUCUUGCUUCAGGUAAUUUGCAACUGGAUCGUACCGGACCACGACGCAGAUGCAUUUCGGCGACCAACUGCGCCUCCGUCUUCCAACGUCGUCACGUACCUCUUCGGCGGAUUUGCUCACUGGGAUGCGGAGUACUUCUUGCACAUUGCCGAGCACGGUUACACGUACGAGAACACGCUGGCUUUUUUCCCGUUAUACCCACACCUCGUCCGCUGCAUAACAGAUUCAGUCUUAGAUCCGUUGCUAUGCAUACUCUUACCUUACCAAAGCGUGCUCUUGUUGAGCGGAGUUUUACUCAACGUUUUUAUGUUCACCAUCGCAGCCAUUGCUCUGUACCACUUGACUCUCAUACUCUUCGAUGAAACGGCAGCCAUGGAAGCCACGCUGCUCUUUUGUUUUAACCCAGCUUCCGUGUUCUUCUCCGCGUGUUACACGGAAUCGUUGUUUAGCGCAACCACUUUCCUCGGACUUUACCUGCUGGAAUUUGGUCAGGAAUGUCUGGCGACCGUUUUCUUCAUCCUCGGAGGGUUCGUACGGUCCAACGGGUUCCUGUCGUCCGGUUUUCUCAUUUUCCACACGUUCAUCAAGUGGAGUCAGCCGUGGCAAUCUGGCUGCGAGCUCGUGGUCAAGACGGGUGCUAGAGUUGCGCUCUGUUUCGCUCCUUACUUGCUCUUUCAGUGCUACACCUGGUCCCUGUACUGCAUUCCGGAUCGUUCCGUCGAACACUCCGACGCUGUCUUGCAGCAGGCCAGCGAGCAUGGCUACCACCUGGCCGGGUACAACAUCAGCGAGUGGUGCAAGAACGUUCUCCCGUUUUCCUACGGCUACGUGCAGCAGAAAUACUGGAACGUGGGGUUUCUCCGAUAUUAUCAGCUCAAACAGCUCCCCAAUUUCUUACUCGCAACUCCCGUCGUUGCGUUGCUGGGGUCCGCUUGCUUCCACUUCCUGAAGAGAAAUUCGAAGACUUUCUUCCCGAUCCGAUGGAAGCCCGGCCAAGGCGUGGCGGCGGAAGUGCGUCGGCUGCCGUACCUCUUGCACGUGUGCAUUCUGCUGACCCUGUGCACGUUGUUUGUGAAUGUUCAGGUCACGACCAGACUCGUAGCGGCGUCCAGUCCAGUACUUUACUGGGCAACGUUCCUCAUCCUUGAUCAUCAUCCUGCACGCGGUGCGGCUGUGCUGCUCAAAGGAAAAUGGCAUCAACAGCUCAGAGUGCUCUGGAGAACGGACUUCUUACGCAGACGAGUUCUAACGUUUUUUGCGCUGUAUUUUGUGCUGGGUACUGCAAUGCACGUUAAUCGUCUGCCGUGGACAUAGGAGGGGAACGUAAGAGUAUGAACGCGUACCAGCCUGUGGACUGCGGACAACGUUAGAUGAUUGUUACCCGUGUAGUCAACGUGUGUCAUUAAAACAACAUUCCGUCGUGCACAUGUACUUUGCUCUUGGAUAUUAAAAGCAGAAGACAUGUGUUUCAUGUUGGAGAUUGGCACGGUGGACAUAUGUAAGGGGUGAUUUGAGCCGUUUUUCUUUUGCUGGAUUAGGUACUAUCGUGAGCCCUAUGAGCGAGAACACGGGAGCUCGUGGCAGAUAGCAGAGACGCCUUGCAGCUCACCCGCGAGUGGAAGUGGAAAGGGCGCUGCCGUACCUUCUGUUGUCAUCACCCCGGCACACUCCAUUGACAACUGGAUAAUGGGGAGGGAUGCUGUUUCAGCCUGGUAUCACGGGUUGAUAAGGCGGGGGUGCCAGCAUAUGAUGCAACAGCAAAACUCUCCUCAUUUGCUUUCAUGUAUCGCCGCCACGCGCUCCAGUGUUCCCGCUACUCAUGAGUGUGAUGUCUUGUGUCUCCUGUUAAUGGCCACCUUGUAGGUUAAUGAUUUACUGAAGAUGGUAGGAACUACGCUGGCAGCACAACAAAUAAAAAAACUAAAAGCAUGAUGCGUUGGAGCCCGUACGGGUUCCAUCAUCUGAGCAAACUUCGGCAUUUGUCCGUUUGCUGUUUAUUGAACAAGGGGGCGAAGGAAUCUGGAAGCGGGCUUGAAUGUUUGUUCAAUGCAUCUUUUUGUUUGUUCGGACAUGGCACAAUUCCAAGUGCUUCCACAUGCAAUUUAGUGACGAUGUAGUGUGGACGUUCUCCAAUGUAAUAACCGUGUAUGUCAUUUGUAGUAGAAGAAAUGUUUUGUGAAACUAAUGAAGAUAUUGUGCCAAAUUAUAUUGCGAUGAUGUUUACAACCAAGAAGAUGUCUAGUCAGAAUAUCGUGACUUUUUAAAUAAACUUUGUGACAUGUUAAUCACCGC